UCCGUGGGAUUCUGCUUCCUUUGUGUCUCUUAUCCUCUACAAGGUCUCAUUUUCACGGCGUUUUGAUUUGAUCCCACAAAAAAAAAAAAAUCCUCAAAAAAGUAGAAGCCAAAAGAAAACAAACAACGGAAUAAAAUUUUUCAUGACCUCAUCGUUCACCAGAAGAAGGAAGAAGAAGAAGAAGAAGAAGAAGAAGAAGAAACCCUCAGUCUUCAGAUCUAACAUUAUCAGAUCACUUCACUCUUAACAUUUCUGAAGGGCCAAAUUUUUUCUGUUUGAUGAUUGAUGCUUGUGAUCUACGAAGAUCUUGUCUGAUUCGAGGCAAAAGAGUUGUGGGUUUUUAUUAUUACAUGAUUUUCUUUUGAAUCUACUGAGUUUCUGAUCAGUAAUUCGAGACAAAAAAUAAAUCUUUUUUAUUUUGGUACCAUCUUGUUGGAUAUACGAUGGCGAAGAUAUAGAAGUUCAGUCUCGUUUUGAGUAUAUUUUAGCCUUAAAGGUUUGACCUUUAUUAUAUUUCAGUGUCCUUUAACGAGGAUUUAGUGGAUUUAGAAGAAGUUGGGUUUUUUUUUUUCUUUGUUGGGUUAUCAGAGGACCGACUUGAAUCGUUGAAUCUGUGGGUUUUUAUUAUCAAAAUUAAGGAAAGUAUGGAGACUCUUGUUGUGGUGGCGCAAGAUAAGAAUCAGUACUGUAGCACGGUGAAGCCACAUGGGCCAGCCCGAUUUGGGUCAUCACCAUCUAGAAACUUCAGAGGGAUUAACUGUAGGACUUUUCAAUCUGGAGCAGGAUUACUGCCAACCCCGUUUAAGUAUGGCUCUACUCCUAUAACCAAACUCUCAUAUUCCCCUCCCUCUUCGUCAUCAUCAUCAUCAUCUUCCCCACAAACACCUCCUCCUUUUGCUGAUGGAACACACUCGAAAACUACCAGGAAAAGCUCUCCUAUUCCUAUCAACAACAAAAGAACCCCUAGAAAUGAUAAGUCUUUUAAUGAGAUCUCGGGGGAAGGUUUUCUGUACUCUGAGCUUUGGGCUGGACCUGCUUAUUCCAAUUCACCGCCCCCUAGCUCUUUGCCAAUACCCAAAUUCUCACUUCGUGCGAAGAGGACUGUGUCCCUUGAUUUGCCUGCUGCUAACCCUGUUGUUGAUGUUCACCCAACCGCCAAGUCUGCACCUGCAUCUCCUACCAGGGAGCUUAAUCCUUCUGUAGCUGAAAUUUUUCGUAGUGCUGAUUCUGCGACUAAGACUUUACGUCGCAUUCUCAAUCUUGACAACACUGAUGACUGAAAAGAGCAAAGGAGCUUUCAGCUCCUGUAAAUAAGUUUACUCUGCAAAUUUGGAGUUAGUUUUAGAUUGUAUAUAGAUCGAAUAAGAUGAUUGGUAACAUGGGUCAGUAUGAGUUUGUUUGGCCUUCUUUGGUGGUGGUAUGAAAAAAAGUGAUGGCAAUGGUAGGUCGACAGUCUCCAGAUUUUGCUUUAUGAAUUGAUGGUUUGUGAGAGUAUGGUGCUGGUUGUGAAAAUUUUGAUUAACAAGAUGCACAAGGUAUGUGACGUGUGGCUUUUGUACACUUGGAUGGAAUGAAAGAUGACUCAAGCUGUUGAGGAAGCUGAAGGGAGCUUACAUUAGAAUCAAAGUUUGUCUGCUCUCCUUCGGCAUGAAAUUGCACAGAUAACUGCCUUCUUAUCUCUUGGGCUUGAAGAAAAUUAUGUACUUGUUAGUUGAAAACUCUACUAUAUCAAGUCCUUGGUGGUUAGUGUCAGUUCUGUUGUUGACUGUUAGCUAAUUUCUUCCUUUAACAUCAGAUACAAUGUAUAUACUGUAGUCUGUAGAAUCUCCUCUGAAUUGCUUUCCCAAAUUCCUUAGGUUUCUCUUUUAUUCUUUUUCUCAUCAUCUUUAUUUCCUUGGUCUACAAUCAGUGUCCUUUGUUUCUAAGUCUAACUUUGAUUAGUCCCUUUGUUUCUUUUUUUCAACCUUGCCUCAACUAGCCUGCCUAGAUUAUCCUUUGUUUUUCUUGCAACUUUUUUACUUUGUCCAUCAUGGCGUGAAUUGUCAGCUUAAAUAUCAAAUAUCCUCAAUAUACUCUUCUUUUAGUAAGGAUUUCUCUACUCCGCACUCUGUAAGGGUGUCAUUCUCUCACCAUCUUUUUCUGUUUUUUUAAAAGAAAAAGUGGGAGGGGGAAGUAAAGUGGUUAUUUGUCACUUCUGCUUCUGAAGCUUGUUAGGUUAAUCAGCGUCGUCAUGCCCAGUUGCGAGUGAUGUUUAUGUCUUGUUCAUCCUAUAAUGGGUAAUGCCACUCGGUCGUGUUCAUAGAGCCCAUCUUUCUUGGAGAUUGUUGACUGUGCCAAGCUACUUAAAAGGGAGCUGCUGGGAUAAGUAUUUCAGGAGGCGUUUGUUAAAGUGGAUUUGUUCAUGUUGGAUAUAGUCUUUAAUGCAAGUCUUGUAGGAACCAUAUCUGCGUCUGGCACAUGUCUCCGAAAUGUUUGAUAUCAGUGUCUUUGCCUUCCAACGAGGUCUUUAAGCAGUAGCUUGUGUUGGACCAUGUUUUUCUUUAGUGCCAUGUUAAUGUUCAGAGUGCAAUAGAUAUAUGUUCUUUUGUACUGGCGUUAGUGCAAUGUGAAUGUUCGGAGUGCAAUAGAUAUAUGUUCUUAUGUACUGGUUUUUACUUGUAUUUAUCCGUUGUGCUGCGAAGUAUGCUGGAAUAUCAAUUUAUUGGAAUGUUAAAUUAUGGUAGUUUCUCACUUCAGCCCUGGUAACUUAAGGCCUGAAAUGCUCAUAUUCUUUUGUCAAAGUUCGAAUUUUGGAGUGAACGAAAAAAGAAAAAAAAAGGUAGUCAGUGCUAGUGCUUCUUUUAGCGGGUGGUGGUUUAAGGAGGAACAUUUUAUUAACUCUAAACACGACGUUGUUGCAUCCCGGUUUUGAGAGAAACGUAGUUGGCUUGGUCCCAGCCUAACAAGCCAGUUACCAAAUCUGGUGGUUACGGUAAGUGAGGAGAAGUUGCUAAUCUGUUGGUUUUUUGGCCAAAGCAUCAGAACUGGAAUUGGCUUAUCUGGAAAUGUGGACUAUAGUCACCCUUUCAAACGGUCUCCAGCAACGGUAAACUUGUGGGUUACGAUUUCAUUGCUAAUUGUAUCUUUGCAGAGGAAGUAGCCAACACAUCAAAUGUUCGAAAAACUUUAUCCUAAGAUUUACUGGCAACUGAAGACCGUUCCUCACUUGUCACUGCCGAUUACUCAGCCAUUACACUAGGAGCUCCAUCUCCAAAGCCUUUAAAGAUCAUGGAUAAGACCGGCUUGCACUCUCCUUCCCGAGGGCCAAGAUUGGAGGAGGAUGCUCCGUAGGUGUAUAGCAAAGACCAGUAACAUGAAAAAGGAAAAGUGAUA